GUGUGCAGUUCUUUUACUUGUUUUUCUGCAGCUAAGAAACACUGGUAACUGAUUUGUGGCAUCCUUUACUUUCAUAAUGAAUUAUACCGGGAAUAGCAAACCAGGAAAAACUUUCCUUUUUACAUCAGAAUCUGUCGGUGAAGGUCAUGCUGAUAAAAUGUGUGACCAGAUAAGUGAUGCUGUUUUGGAUGCCUAUCUUUCCCAAGACCCUGACUCCAGAGUUGCAUGUGAAUGUGUGGCUAAGACGGGCAUGAUUCUGCUUUGUGGAGAGGUGACUUCAAAGGCAGUAGUUGAUCUUCAGAAGGUGGUCAGAGACACCGUGAAGAGUAUUGGGUAUGACGACUCAUCCAAAGGUUUUGACUACAAGACCUGCAAUGUGCUUGUGGCCCUGGAGCCACAGUGUACUGAGAUUAGUGACUGUGUGUUUGAAGGUCGUGAUGAGGAGGACAUUGGUGCUGGCGAUCAGGGCCUAAUGUUUGGUUAUGCAACAGAUGAGACAGAGGAAUGCAUGCCAUUGACCAUUCUCUUGGCUCAUAAACUCAAUUCUAAAAUGAAAGAGCUGUCACGGAAUGGAGAGUGUCCCUGGAUAUUACCUGACUGUAAAUCACAGGUUACAGUGGAAUACUGUGAUAACAAGGGAGCCACGGAGCCAGUUCGAGUUCACACAGUGGUCAUCUCAGUCCAGCAUAAACCUGACAUUACAUUAGCUGAAAUCCGACAGAAUCUGAUGGAAAAAGUAGUCAAAGCAGUGAUCCCAGCCAAGUACCUGGAUGACAGAACUAUAUAUCACCUGCUGCCAAGUGGAAAAUUUCUAAUGGGUGGCCCACAGGGUGAUGCAGGUCUUACAGGCAGAAAGAUCAUUGUUGACACAUAUGGUGGCUGGGGUGGUCAUGGUGGUGGAGCCUUCUCUGGAAAGGAUUGCAGCAAAGUGGAUCGUUCUGGAGCUUAUGCUGCUCGCUGGGUGGCCAAAUCACUUGUAAAAGCCAGGCUAUGCAGAAGGGCACUGGUACAGAUCUCAUAUUCCAUUGGCAUAAGCCAUCCUUUGUCAAUCUCAGUUUUCCAUUACGGGACAUCCACCAGAGAUGAAGAUGAGCUUCUGGAAAUUGUUCAAAAGAAUUUUGACUUAAGACCAGGGGUAAUCGUCAAGCAGCUUGGUCUGAAAAAACCCAUUUUUCAGAAAACUGCCAGCUUUGGACAUUUUGGAAGAGAGGAUUUUCCGUGGGAGAAGCCAAAGAAAUUGGUGCUUUAGUGUUUCAGUUAUAACUAAGAAAAUAUAUUUAAUUGCGGCAAGCUAAAAAUUAAUACAUAAUGUCAUUUUCAGCUGAAGUGUCUGUUUUCAAGUGAAGUGGUUUAGGAAGGGAACCCUUCUUUCUCUACAUUUUACAGGCAUUCAGAUGAUUGUUUCUUAAUUCACAGCUGUUGUCAAGUUAUUUUUGGAGGAAAAUUGAGAAAUUGUUAAACCUUAUGACAGGUGGCACCAGUUAUAUUUUAUUAUUCAUGUUUUCAGUAGAAUUAAACAGCUUGCUGUAUUGUUUGAAUAUAAUGGAAUUUAUGUUCGAAGCAAACAAUAUGUAAUCAUACAGCCAUACAAUGCUGAAAUUUCACGGAAUAUUUUCCAGAAAAAGAAAAUCUUAUUUAGUUAUGUGACUAGAAAUUAAUCCAAAUAUAAUUAUGCUAAACAAAAACAUGAGAAAACAAAUAUUUUAUAUUGGAUUGUCCUAAAAGCAAUGAAA